AGUUUUCAAAUUUGAUUUGUUCAUCUUUAAUGACUAGCACACACUCAUAAAUUUUGUACUUAAGAAUCCCACUACUCACUUCGAUUCAAACAUGGAGGAACAUAGCCUAUUCCACGAAGCAGUUGACUUAUUACCACUACAAAAACCUAACGGCGAAGUUCUCUUCCCCAUCGUUCUCACUCCAAACCCCAAAACCACCAAACCAAUUGAACUAACAGAAGCAAUCAAAGCUAACAGAGCAUGGUUAGACUCUCUGCUCCAUCAAUCCGGUGCAAUUCUCUUCAGAGGGUUCAGUGUUUCCUCAGCUUCUGACUUCAACGACGUCGUUGAGUCCUCCGGGUAUGAGGACUUCAGCUAUGGUGUUGGUGGUGCAGGCUCCAGAACCAAAGUUGUGGGUCGGGUUUACACUGCUAAUGAAGCUCCACCUCAUCAGAACAUCCCCUUCCAUCACGAAAUGUCUCAUUCUCCUGUGUUUCCCUCCAAAUUGUUCUUCUUCUGUGAAGUAGAACCAGGAAAAGGGGGAGAAACAUGUAUAGCUCUGAGUCAUGUCAUAUACGAAAGGAUGGAACAAAAACACCCGAAAUUCGUUAAAGAAAUGGAAGAAAAAGGAUUCAUUUACACGCGAGUUCUUGGAGACGAAUCUGAUCAUUCAUCGCCAGUCGGUCGAAGCUGGAAGGAGGUCUUCAUGACCGACGACAAAACCAUAGCUGAAGAAAGGGCUGCAAAGCUUGGAAUGAAACUAGAGUGGAUGGAAGGUGCUGUGAAGGCUAUAAUCGGGCCUAACCCUGGUUUCCGAUAUGAUGAAGUUAAGAAACAUAAAAUUUGGUUUAAUGGUGUGGUAGGAAGGUUUGAAGAUAAACUAAACAAUGACCCUGCAAACGCGGUGGUGUUUGGUGAUGGAAAACCACUGCCCGCUGAUGUUUCUGAUGAUUGUGCUAAGAUCUUUGAUGAAGAGUGUGUUGCGUUACAAUGGCGGAAGGGCGAUGUUCUGUUGUUAGAUAACUUGGCGGUCGUGCAUUCCCGGCGACCAUUGAUUACGCCGCCUCGCAGAGUGCUGGCUUCAUUUUGCAAGUGAACUUUGUGAUGUUGGAAUAAUGGAAUGUAAUGUCUGUAAAUUUCAUUUCAAAUAAUGUGGUUUAAUAGUUGUAAUAAGGCAUAACACUUAUGUUAUAUAUAUUUUACUUUCACAUA